UUGAUUUUAUUAAUCGCUGCACGUGUAGCAGCGGCGCAUAUGGACACAUCGGUUUUAACCAGGUUCAUUGUGAACUUGGUUGGGACUAAUGAAGCAAUUAUUUUUUCCUGUUCAGACAAAGGUAAAUAUUAUACAAAUUUAAUUUUAAUGACUAUCUAAAUUAAAUAAGGAACUCUAAUUUAAAAUAUACAUUUUUAAAAAUACUCAAAUUAUGUAAAAAAUUAUUACCUCUAAAAAAAAAACCAAAAGAACUAAUUUCCGACAAUGUUUGACAUAGUUUUAUAGUUUCCGAUAUCACAAUUAAUACGGUUCACAUUUUGUCAAAGCCCCAGAAUUUGUAAAAUACAGGGAAGUCAUGAAAACAUAAUCUGAGUCUUGUCUUGCAUGGCGUCCAGCGGGUCUUCUGUCCGCUCUGAUAAUGAUUUUGUGGUCGGCAGAAUGCAUUUCUAUCCAAAGCGGUUUUGAACAAAAAUGGCACAACGCUCGCCUAGUUCAAUUUCCGAAUCACCAACGAAAUAGUUUGACAUUCCUUUUUUAACUGAAUUUUUAGAAGAAAUUCCGAAAAAAUUAGAAGGAUUUUUCCAUUUUCAUAUGUAAUAUAAAAAGUUUAUAAAAAAUUAAUUAUAUAUUUCUAAAUUUUAAAAUGGGACCAGAUUUGCAGCUCGUUGCUUCUGCGUUUAUGAAAAAUGACCAGUUUGUGAAUUAUGUACAUAUGAAACAAAUGUACUCUCUGCCCUUUAUACUGGGACGAAAUAGCCAUGGUCGAACUUCUGUUAUAGUAAAUACCAGAUGUAAUGGUGCAGCUGGUCUACUGGCUGAUGCUUCUGCAAAUAAAUACUUUAACAAAACCUAUCAGUGGGUUUUUUGGGGUGUUGGCGUAGAAGUAAAAUAUUUACUUCCACUGGAACUGGAUUAUAUUGGCCCAAACGCUCAAAUAACCUACGUUAAUAAAACAAGUAACGACUACUGUCUCUGGGAUAUUCAUUCAAAGGGACGUCACCUUCAAUCGCCUUUACAACUACAAUUAAUAGCAACAGUAACAAAUUAUGAAGGCAGUAGUUACCUAAACAUAGCUCGAGACAUAUUUAAGCUACAAAGCACUGAAUACCGUGGGCAAUUUAAUGGGAUUACACUACGAGGAGCAAGCGUUAUUGACCAAGAGGAUAUAACUACAAAUGAACAAAUCGAGGCUAUACUUUCGAGGUCUACAAAAGAUACCGGAGUGGCCGCCUUUAUAAAAUAUCACUAUGAACUUGUAGGACUUUUACGGGAUCGUUUUAAUUUUUCUGUUAAUUUCCGUAACUCAAGAGGAUGGGCUGGUCGACUAGGUAACACCACAUUUCGUCUUGGACUUUUAGGGGUUGUUAAACGAGACGAGGCAGACAUUUCAGCAUCGGGAGCGUUCAAUCGACUUAACCGUUUUGCGGAGUUUGAUACAAUACAUCAGAGCUGGAAAUUUGAGGCUGCAUUUAUUUAUAGGUUUACUCCAGAUUUAGAUACUCAUGGAAAAAGUGGUAAUUUCUUGGCUCCAUUUAGCAAAGCGGUUUGGUUUUUAAUUCUUGUUUCGCUAAUAGUGUUUAGCGUAAUUUGGUUGCUUUUUGAAAUUAUUAACAGCAAAUUGAGUCCUACAAAUGAUCCAAAUGACCAAAUCAACAACAUACCUGAUACUGAAUCACAGAAAUAUUACUCGUUAACAAUUCAAACCAGUUGGGCUGAAAGUUUCUUGCAAUCGUUUGCAGCUUUAUGCCAACAGGGCUUGGAUCCGAUUCCAAAAGAUCACUCAUCGCGUUUUGUCGUAAUAACCAUAUUUUUAUUUUCACUUGUAAUAUAUAACUACUAUACUUCUUCUGUGGUUGGUGGAAAUUAAAAAUGCGUCUCCUUAAAUUUGUUUAUAUUUCACCGCAUUUUGGCAAGCUUUUUUCGAUUUAAAUCUCUGAGAUAAUUAUUUUGUCU